AUGAAUUCAAAAAAUCAUUCAUAGGCUUACUCAUAAGCUUAUUCGGAAGAAUAGGAUGAGAAAGUUAUAAAUUUAACCAACAUGGAAGUUAAAUGGCUUAAUAUAUUAAAGCGAAUAUCUAGAGAUGAUUUAGAAUCGAUUAGGAAAUAAUUAGAAAAGCAAAGAGAAUCAUUAUUGGAGAUCUAAAAAAAGAGUGAAAAUCAAAACAUAGAAGAAAAAUGA